CUGGGGGGAUGUGGGUGGGAGAGACUGUCAGGGUGGUGGGGCUGGAUGGCAGCUCUAUCCCCAUGGCCCACGUGUGGGUAUGGGGCUGUUUUUGGUCCUUCUGCACCCGGAGAGAAGAAGCCAUCACGCCUGGUGGCCCUGGCACCAAGCUGGGGAGCCCAUGCACAGCCAGGGCAGCUCGCUUCCAGCCUUUGCCCUUGGGACACAGAAGCUGGUGUUCCUCAUCCCCUUCUGGUUUUCCUUUUUUUGCCCUCCUUUGCCCCAAACCAAAAACAAAGCUCCAGAUAGCACCUGAGCAAAGCACUGACACCUGAGCAACUGCAUUUUUCACCAGCAAUGGCAAAAAAUAGCCACAGCCGCAUCCCGUGCUGCUCCUCCACGGGUGUGAUGGACUGCAGCUAACCAGGCCUGACACGGCAGUGAUGGGCUGGGCUCUGAGGGCAUCCCCUCUAUGGCUGCACAGGGACCCCCUGAUCCCCUCCUGUGCUCCCACAGGUGGUGAAGAUGUCCGGUGGCGAGCCCGAGCGCCCUCAGUUCCUCUUUGUGAAGGCUCUGGCGAGCCGGGGCCGGCUGGAGGCAGUGACCCAGCAGAUGGGCUACCACCCGCGCUACCUCGACAGCUUCCUGAAGACGCAGCACUACCUGCUGCACAUGGACGGCCCGCUGCCCUUUGACUGCCGCCAUUACAUCGCCAUCAUGGCGGCCGCGCGUCACCACUGCCGGUACCUGGUGAACCUCCACGUGCUGCAGUUCCUGCGGGCGGGGGGGGAUCCCCAGUGGCUGCGUGGUCUCGAUUUCAUCCCCCCCAAACUGCGCAACCUCAACGAGAUCAACAAGAUCCUGGCGCACAGGCCUUGGCUCAUCACCAAGGAGCACAUCGAGAAGCUGCUGAAGAUCAGUGAGUGGAGCUGGUCGCUGGCAGAGCUGGUGCACGCCGUCGUCCUCCUGGCGCACUGCCACGCGCUUGCCAGCUUCGUUUUCGGCUGUGGUUGUGAGCAGGAGGAGGGGCCGGGGGGCAGGGGCUCGCUGAAGCCCUCUUCACCUGGGAACCAGUGCUUCUGCGAGGCCGCCAUGGGGAACGGCUGCGGGCAGGAGCUGCUGCGCAUCAACCGCAAAAGGUCCCUGGACUCCUGCAUGGAGCUGGACUCGCUGCGGGAGCGCGUUCAGAGGAUCCACGUGGAGACUGAGGGCAGGGAGGAGACGAGGCCGCUGCCACCGGACCGCGAGGAAGAUACUGACGGGGAGGUCACCGGUGCAGCCAACCUCGCGUGCUAUCUGCAGGACCCUGACUUUGGGUACCAGGACUUUGCGCGGCGCGACGAGGAGCAGACGCAGGUAUUCAGAGUCCAGGAUUACUCCUGGGAAGACCAUGGCUUUUCACUGGUGAACCGGCUCUACUCUGACAUCGGGCAUCUCCUGGAUGAGAAGUUUCGCAUGGUGGAUGGUCUGCAGAGCAGUGCCAUGGCCAAGCGGCAGGGCUGUGAACCCUCAGUCUUCAAGCGGGGCAUCUGGAACUACAUCCACUGCAUGUUUGGCAUCAGGUACGAUGACUAUGACUAUGCAGAAGUGAAUCAUCUAUUGGAGCGAAUGCUGAAAGUUUACAUUAAAACGGUAACCUGCUACCCAGAGAAGACAAACCCAGAAAUGUUUGACAGGUUCUGGAAGCAGUUCAAGCACAGCGAAAAGGUCCAUGUGAACCUGCUUAUUCUGGAGGCCAGGAUGCAGGCAGAGCUGCUGUAUGCACUGCAGGCCAUCACCCAGUACAUGGUCUCGUAGGCGGUGGGAGCUGCGCUGCGGCAGGGCCGGGCAGCAUCCUCUCUCCCUGGACUUGUGUGUGACCCGUCGUGCUGGGACAGAUGGCGAGGGAUGACUCCAUUUAGUUUACUUGACUGUCUUGUUCCUUCUUCU